CGGCCCUCUCGCCCAAGCCGGGGUGAGGGACGGAAGGAACACGUCAUCGCGCUGCGACACGAUUGGACUGGAGAUGGCGUGCAGUUCCUCCGCUGAUUUUGCCAAACCCAGUGCAAUGGCUCCGGACUCAGGGCUCCCCAUGGCUGAUCCACUUUUGAAGUUGCUACCUCUGGACUCCAGGGAUUGGGGGACGCAGCGUUGCCGCCUGGGUCCUUCUGCCCUCCGCGCCCUGAGGGUCCGUCUGGGUGCCACACUUAUAGUCACUCUGCCAGACGGCGGCUCUUGCAUCUGCACCGCUUGGCCCCGGCGCGACUUGUCAGAUGGUUUUGUGCAGCUCGACCCGGGGUGCGCGAGCCCCGGCGCGGCCACGGGGCCGUGGGGUGCAGACCGAAGCAUCCGGUUGAGCAGUCUCCGCGCGGUGCCUUGCCCACCUCUACGGAGCAUCACCGUGUGGCCGGCACUGCGAGAACCGCAGGCUCCGGGCGGGGCCCCGAGCCGGGCUUCGGUGCUGGAGGCAGUGCAGGAGCUGCUGCGGAACCGACGGAUCGGGCCGUGCUCGGUCCUGACGGCCCCCCCGGGCGCCAUCGGUCCGGUGGCCGCGGUGCACGUGCUCGGGGGCGACCCCAUCCCGGAGCCCGCUGGGCUGGUUACGCCGCGCACCCGCAUCGAACUGGGAGAGCCGUCGGUGUCCUCGGCCCCGGAGCUGCCCGCGGAGGCGACCUUGGGCGGUCUGGCCGAGGCGGCUGCUGCGCUGCGGGAACUCCUGAGUCUACCUCACCUACAUCCCCGCGCCUUGGCGGCGCUGGGCGUCUCCGUUCCCCGCGGGCUCCUGCUCGUCGGGCCGCCCGGUGUGGGCAAGACGCAGCUGGUGAGAGCUGUGGCCCGGGAGGCGCGGGCCCGUCUGCUGGCUGUGAGCGGCCCAGAGUUGCAAGGCUCGCGGCCCGGAGAGACCGAGGAGAACGUGCGCCGGGUGUUCGCGCGGGCACGGGAACUGUCCCGGAGAGGCCCUGCACUUCUCUUCAUCGACGAGCUAGACGCACUGUGUCCCCGGCGGGGCGGCUCGCGCGGAGCCCCCGAGAGUAGAGCUGUGGCCCAAGUGCUCACGCUGAUGGACGGCGUGGGCAGCGAGCGUCGGGUGCUCCUGGUGGCUGCCACCAAUAGGCCCGAUGCACUGGACCCGGCGCUGCGCAGGCCUGGACGCCUGGACCGCGAGAUCAUCAUUGGGACACCCACACUUAAGCAGAGGAAGGAUAUUCUGCAAGUAAUAACUUCAAAGAUGCCUGUCUCCAGUAAUGUGGAUAUACUUCACUUGGCAGAAAUGACAACUGGCUAUGUUGGAGCUGAUCUGACCGCACUCUGCCGAGAGGCUGCCAUGCAGGCAAUGCAUCACAUUGGUAAGAAUUCUGAAAAUCCUGUGAUUGAUGCAGCAGAUUUCUUUAAAGCCUUCAAAAAGAUUCAGCCUUCUUCCAUUCGAAGUUUCAUUGGACUGACUGAUAUUAAGCCUGUUAGCUGGGAACAGAUCGGUGGCCUUGAAGAUGUGAAGUUAAAAUUAAAGCAGAGUGUUGAAUGGCCUUUGAAAUUCCCUAGGGAAUUUGCUAGGAUGGGCCUGAGUCCACCUAAAGGAAUUCUCCUUUAUGGACCCCCAGGAUGUGCUAAAACCACACUAGUGAAGGCUGUGGCCACAAGUUGUCAUUGCUCUUUUGCAUCUGUAAGUGCCGCUGACCUCUUCUCACCUUUUGUUGGCGAUUCAGAAAAAGUCUUGGCUCAGGUUUUUCGACAAGCAAGAGCUAAUACUCCAGCAAUUGUAUUUUUGGAUGAAAUUGAUUCAAUCUUGGGAUCUCGUUCCAUCAACAAAACUGAAAAUGGUAUUCAAGAGAGAGUUCUUUCUGUCCUCCUCAAUGAAUUGGAUGGUGUUGGAUUCAAGACAGUAGAAAGAAGAGGAAAUAAAUUGAGAUUACAGGAUAACUGUGAAGAGCAGAGAGAAAAUGAGCUAGAGUUUCAAGAGGUUUUUCAUCAAAAUGUUAUGAUAAUUGCUGCAACAAACCGACCAGAUGUAUUAGAUGAUGCCUUAUUACGACCUGGAAGACUAGACAAGCUUAUUUAUAUUCCACCUCCAGAUCAGAAGGACAGACAUUGUAUUUUGAAAAUCUGCACUAAAAAUAAACCUCUAGGUCCUGAUGUGUCUUUAGAAAGCUUAGCAACAAAAACCUGUUUUUUCUCUGGAGCUGAUCUUGAAAAUCUCUGCAAGGAAGCUGCCUUAUUGGCUCUAGAAGAAAAUGGACUAGAAGCAACCACAGUGAAUCAAGAACACUUUCUGAAAUCACUGAAGACCAUAAAACCAUCUUUAUGCCAUCAAGAUUUGACUCUUUAUGAAGGAUUUCAAAAGCAAGAACUCUCUACUUUAGAGACUGUUUAGAUUACUUUUAUAGUCUUGUCCAUGAAUAAACUGAAAUGUGUGGGGUUUUCCCCUACAUUUCAGGUGGCUAUAUUCUGUGUAUGGGUUUGGAGAGAACAGGGACUUGAGUUGGGGGUCACCAGCUGCAUCUUCGGAGGGCUCUUAGUGAAGUUAAUCUGGCUCCAGUGGUUAGUCCUUCCUCCCCACCACUCACUGCUGAAUUAGGCCCUGGUGUAGGAAAGGAGGCAAUGGGCCCAGGGUCAGUCACCAGCCAUGUGUUCACUUCACGUGGGCAGCUCGCUCACCCUCAGUGGGCCCCUAUUCCUCAUUUCUACCAUCUGGGGGGCUGAGCUGCAUGCCUGGGCUCCUGUCCAGUUCCCUUGGAUCUCUGCCUGGCGUCACACAGCACAACCAUGUCGGCUACUUCCUGCAGCAGCUAAGCUUGGGUGAUCCCAUUUUGGAGGCCAGAAAAACUUAGAAGGAGCAAAGCCCACCUAUUCCCUUAAGUCUUAAGGUUAGGAAGAAAGGGAUGACAACUGGAAUUCUGUUGGGAUUCAGUGAAAAUACUUAGAGUAAAUUAGUCAGUACCCAGGCUCCUGUGGUUCCCCUGAGAAUGUUGGACUGGAGUAAAUAAAACCCUAUUGACAAAUACAGGGAGUGGAGCCAGGAUGGUGGAGAAGAGCCAGGUCUUGGAGCUCCUCCUGGUUUCCCUCAGAUCAGAGCCAGUCUCUGAAUAGGUUUUGGAGCGACAGAACUCAUAAAUAUUUAUAGUGUAAUGUUUCCAGCAGAAGAUAACUUGGAAGGACUUCAGGAAAGGUCUCUCUCAAUCAGACAGUAGGAAGAGGGGAAAGUUUUAGCCCAGUAUGGUGUUUGCUGCUCUCCUGGUUCAAAAGCCAGGGAAUCAGCAGACUAGCUGUGAGACUUCCAAUGCAGCUACAGAAGGCAAAUAGUGAGCCACUGGCUCCAAGUGUAUCACCUGUAGAGGAAGUAGAAGCAGACCUCAGCCUUUAAAAAUGAGCACAAGAAACUCUGACCAUAGGUAGCUUUUAUGGCGACAGUGAAGGACAGACCUCAAAUCCCGAGGACAUCUGCAGAUGAAGCCCCAAAGGGUGAUAAAAGUUGGUCUCUAUCUCAAGGUUCUCUUGGAAAAAUUUUAAAAGAAUUUUUAAAAGAGUUAAAAGAAAAAUGGGGAAAGAAAACGAGAACUCGGCGCGGGGGAGGAAAGGGAUUGGAAAAAAAUCACUCCUUUAAAAUAGUUUUGGAAAAAUGGAAAAAGAAAACUCUUUGAAAAACAGAAUUUGUGAAAUGGGGGGAAAAAUCCAUUGAAUAAAACAUUUAAAAGUUCAAUUGGUCAAAUGCAAAAGAAGGGGGAAAAAGCUAACUGAAGAAAAUAACUUACUAAAAUUAGAAUUGAACAAAUGGAAUUGAAGGACUUAAUGAGACAUCAAGAGUCAAACAACCAAACCCCCUCCCCCCAAAUAUAAAAUACCUAAUUGGAAAAACAACUAACCUAGAAAAUAGAUUCAGGGGAGACAAUCUAAGAAUUAUUGGACUACCUGAAAACCACAAUGGAAAAUAGAGCCUGUAGAAAUCAUUAAGGAAAAUAUGAUGUUCUAGAACCAGAGGGUAAAAUAGCUAUUGAAAGAAUCCACCAAUUGCCUCCUAAAAGAAACCCCAAAAUAAAAAGUCCAAAGAAUAUUGUAGCCAAAUUCCAGUUUAUCAGAUCAAGGAGAAAAUACUGCAAGCAGGCAGGAAAAAACAAUUUAAAUAUCAAAGAGUCACAAUUGGGAUUACUCGGCACCUAGCAGCUUCCACUUUAAAGGAUUGAAGUGCCUGCAAUAUAAUAUUCUGGAGAGCAAGGGAACUGGGACUGCAGCCAAGAAUCAACUACCAGCAAAAUUAAGCAUUUUCUUUCAGGGGAAAAGAUGGGCAUUAAAUGAAAUAGGGUAUUUUCAUUUAUUUUGAUGAAAAGACCAGAGCUGAAUAAAAAAUUUGAUCUUAAUACAGAA